AUGCAUCCCAUCUUCCAAAGCCUCCUCUGCUACAUCUACCCCAUCACUCCACCUCAGAAGCACCGAACUGCUCCCCUCAAACUCCUCUGUCUAGGCCUCUCCCGCUCAGGAACAGACUCCCUCCGCCAAGCCCUCCUGCAGCUAGACUACAAGAAAAUCUACCACGGCUACGUCUGGCUGGCACAACCCGCCGAUGCCUCGCAAUGGAUUCACCUCGCCCACCUCCAAAUCACUCACCAACCCAUCUCCGCCAGCGAAUUCGACUCAGUCCUAGGAGACUGCGAUGCAAUCACCGACAUCCCUCCCGCAGGAUUUGCACCCGAAUUAUUAGAUGCAUACCCCGAUGCCAAGGUGAUUGUGAAUUAUCGAGAGGAUGUAGACGCCUGGGCGGAGAGUUGUGAGAAUACGAUUGAACGCAUUACCUCUCCCAAGGAUUGGUCGGGAUGGUGGCAGUAUUUCCAAUCUUUCUUUGAGGCGCGAUUGUUCUGGUCGUAUAGGACGUAUUGGUGGGUUUGGAGCCGAUUCUCUGCGGGAGAUUUUCCACGACAUGGGAAGGAAUGGUACCGGGAGCAUUAUAGGAAUCUGGAGGAGAAGUUGAAAAGGGACGGGAGGAAGUAUUUGAAGUGGAGAGUCCAAGACGGCUGGGCCCCGCUUUGCGAGUUCUUGGGGAAGGAAAUUCCAAGCGGGGAGUUUCCGAACGGGAAUGUCCCUGCCAAUUUCUUUGAGAAGGUUAUGGAGGAAAAGGAAGAGAGGUGGAGGCAAGCGAGGAGGAAUAUGGUGUUGUUCGGCACAGUGGUUGUUGCGCUUGUUGGUGGGCUGUGGAGUUGGGUGUAUCAAUCGCUGUGA